AUGUCAAAUAAAAUAGUUAUCACAGAGCCUGUCCCUGCGAUCGGGUGCGGCGGGUCGUUCAAAACGGCCGAAUCAGUUUUCCCGCUACUCUCCCCAAAAAUUGAAGGUUCGUGGUCGUGGUCAUCAGAGUUCCGCUGGAAACAGCCUAGCGAUAGUAACCCAUCUGUAACUAAGCUUGAGUUCAUGUCUGCAGUAAUCCACUUCAUCACCUCCUUCGAGGAGGCUAAAACUUAUGUCGGCGACCUCCUCGCUGGUCGCGGACCUGGAGAGUGCCCGCCCAACCAUGUCGGAUCCCAUGACUAUAGCAAGCAUGCGCGCUGUAUCCUUUUCGGUCGUGGCUACACAGAAGAGCAGGUGAGGGAAAUCCACAGCCUGCACGGAGGAAAGGGGGUCGACGGCCCUGUUGCUUGGAUCGCAGGCGACCCGACCGUUGGGCCGCCCCCGAACCCCGGUCCCGGAGGAUAUGGGCCAGGAUUUGCAGAGAAGGCGGCUGAGAGUGUGAAGGAGGCACUUUCAAAAUGGAUCGAGAAUGGAGCACAGAGUGAAGAGAUUAUUUGGUACUGA